CGCCCCGCGCGACGUUACUUAGCCGAUGCCGAGAUCCAUGAUGGACUGUGAAGCAAUAAUGUUCGCUCCCAUGCUGGUAGUUAAAUACAGCAGCACGUUCCCUUCCUCAAGUCGAGGAUCCUGAAGCAUCGAGCUCUCCAAUUGAGUGGUUGCGACUAGUUAGUAAACCAUCAUGGUUCGAUUCGACAGUGCUGCUGCACUCCUUCUCUGCUCUGCCGUGGGCACCUCCGCCCUGUCGCACGGUGCUGCUAACCCGCGGUCCUACGCUGAAAAGCAAUUCUCCCAGCACUUUGAAGACGGCUACAGCGUUCUCAAGCAUUACGGAGGCAAUGGACCUUACUCGCAGCGCGUCUCGUAUGGCAUUGAGAGAGACACCCCGAGCGGUUGUGCUGUCGACCAGGUCAUCUCCAUCAUGCGACAUGGAGAACGGUACCCGUCAUCUGGUGCUGGAGCUACUUUUGAACAGACCUUGGCCAAGAUCUACUCCGCCAACAUCACCAAUUGGCAAGGAGAUCUAGCAUUCCUAGAUCACUGGACCUAUUACGUGCCAAACAAAUGUUACUAUGAGGCGGAAACGUGGACUGGCCCCUACGCCGGUCUGUUGACAGCCUUCAGACGCGGUGCGGAGUAUCGCGAACGCUACGGGCAUCUAUGGGAUGGGCAAUCGAUCGUGCCCAUCUUUACGAGUGGAUACGAGCGUGUCAUCGAGACAGCUCGCAAGUUCGGCGAAGGGUUCUUCGGAUACAACUAUACGCAGAGCGCUGCGCUCAACAUCAUCUCGGAGGACGCCAGCCAGGGCGCGGAUAGCCUCACUCCGACCUGUGCCAAGGACAAUGAUCAGAACACUUGCAACGCCUUAACCAACCUGUUGCCUCAGUUCUAUGUUGCCGCUGAGAGAAUCAACUCGCAGAAUCCCGGUCUGAAGAUCAAUGCCACAGACGUUUACAAUCUGAUGCAGAUGGCGGCCUUCGAGCUGAACGCGCGGGCCUUCUCGGAUUGGAUCAACGUGUUCACCCUGGAUGAGUGGGUGAGCUUUGGCUACACACAGGAUCUCUACUACUAUUACUGUGCUGGCCCUGGCGACAAGAACAUGAAUGCAGUCGGAGCCGUCUAUCUGAACGCAUCUCUCGCAUUGCUCAACGAAGGCCCGUCAUCGGGAACGAUGUUUUUCAACUUCGCCCACGAUACCAACAUCACCCCAAUCAUCGGUGCCCUGGGCAUCCUUCUCCCCAACGAAGACUUGCCUUUAGACCACAUCCCAUUUGGCAAUCCCUGGUCAAUAGGAAACAUCGUUCCUAUGCAGGGGCACUUGACCAUUGAACGCCUCACCUGCAACAAGACCGCUCUCUCUUCCCAAGGGACCUACGUGCGACUGGUCCUCAACGAGGCCGUUGUGCCUUUCAACUCAUGCCAGUCUGGUCCUGGCUAUUCGUGUCCUCUGGCGAACUUCACAUCAACUCUCAAAGACAGCCUGCCAAACUACACCAAGACGUGCCAGGUCCCGUCCUCGUACCCGCAGUACUUGAAUUUCUGGUGGAAAUACAACACCACCACGACACUCAAUUAUCAGGACGGGCCAAUCGGAUGCCACGAAUCAACAACACUGUCUUGAAGUGUGUUAGGAUCGUUGUAAUU